UUCAAAGUUCGAUCGGAUGUGGAGUAUACGUAACCCUCUCGUGGAGGAUCUAUGAAUAGUGCGCGUUCAGGCACGGCUUGAGACGUCCACGUUUUUUUUAUUCCUGCCGAAAAAGUUGAAUUUCUAAGGAGGCGGCAUUGUCAUCCUCAUUGUCUUGACACUCUCCUCGCUACUCCAGAGAUUUAAAUCAACUGUAGAAUGAAGGCCAAGCUGCAUUUGCCUUGACCCUUCGCCGAGCAGUUUGAUCGAUUUCUAAAUGAUAAUAUAGAAAUGCUCGAGUAAAGUUUAAUUGAAAGCAGCGACCAUGAAGAGCCGGGUUUUGACGUGCUCUCUUGAAUCAUCGUUCACACAUGGUAGUGGAUACAGGAUAAACUUAGAAUCGAGUUCCGCUGCCUUCAUGCACGUCAGGGACAACAUCGGGGAGCUUGGCACUGUUGCCGAUGAUACGGAUUUACUAUUUUUGAAGGGAUUAUUGGACAGUCCAGUUGUUACAUCUCUAGUCAAGCUUCAAGAAAAACUAGCGGAACCUCCCGCCUUCUUAGAGCCAGUUCAUCAUUCAAUUUGUGACAUAGUAGACGAAAUAAAACACGUCUUUGAACACUCACGCGACAGCAACGCACGCCAGCUUAGUAAUCUCCUUCGAAAAUCCCACGUGAAAGCGCUUCUGGAGACACACGACGCAGUGGCUCAACGUCAACGAGAGCCAGCAACUUCAACAGUAGUAUCAGCAAUGCCGAGUGACGAAAGAACAGAGACGAUCAGGGUAGUUGGACUCAGGCGUAAAGAGAAUGAACCGCUGGGCCUCACAGUACAAGUAGACGAAAAUGGUAACUUGAUAAUUGCCAGAAUACUGGGAGGAAGUACAGUGUCGAAACAGGGUCUUCUGAGACCUGGUGAGGUGAUUAUGGAGGUCAAUGGGAAGGCUGUACAUACACCUGAUGAACUCCAGCAGGCGAUACAGGCAGCUAAGGAGAAUUUAUCCCUCAAAGUUGCACCUGGCAUUGCUAAUGAUGGAAAUAAACCCAUUAAAUCGACAUGCUACAUGAGGGCCCUUUUUGACUAUGACCCAUCAGAAGACACUCUUCUCCCGUGUCGAGAGAUAGGUCUUCCAUUCCAAAAAGGUGACAUCCUCCAAAUAGUCGACCAAGCCGAUCCAAACUGGUGGCAAGCAAGAAGGGUCGAGGGAGAGGGACUGGGCCCCCCAGGUCUCAUACCCUCCCUCGAACUGGAGGAGCGACGCAAAGCCUUUGUCCCACCCGAGGCAGACUUCGUUCACAAAAUCAGUAUCUGUGGGACGAGGAUCUCUCGAAAAAAGAAACGAAAGAUGUACGAGUCGAAAUCCAAUGGGGAGUUUGACAGUGCCGAACUGUUGUUGUAUGAGGAGGUGGCUAGAAUGCCACCAUUCAGGCGCAAGACUCUUGCUCUCGUUGGACCCAGAGGGGUGGGAAGGAGAACCCUCAAAAAUCGAUUGAUUAAUAGUGAUCCCGAGAAGUUUGGAACGAUCGUACCAUACACGUCAAGACCCCCAAGAGUCCUCGAGGAGAACGGAAAAAGCUACUGGUUCACAGACCUGGAGACGAUGGAAGACGACAUAAAACAGCAUCGUUAUCUGGAGCACGGUGAGCACGGUGGUCACCUUUAUGGAACAAAACUCGAUUCAGUUCGUGAAUUAAUUCGCGCUGGGAAGAUGUGCGUUCUCGACUGCAGUCCAGCAGCUCUUAAAAUCCUCCACAAUAGCACGGAGUUCAUGCCUUACGUCAUAUUCAUUGCUGCGCCUGGAAUGGAACAACUGAAGACACUCUACGACCUGGGGAGGACUACUGGAGCCAGCAGUCGUAAUUUGACUUUUGAUCGUCAAAGCUCCAUCAGGUACAGCUCGAGACGCGCCAGAACGCUUGAAUCCCUUGCAUCGUUGUAUGAGGAAGACGAUCUGAAAUUGACUCUGGAGGAGUCGUCAGCCUUGCAACGAGCUUAUGAAAAAUACAUCGACAUGGUCAUCGUCAACGAGGACUUUGACAAUACGUUUAGACAAGUUGUGGGUGCUUUGGACGCCCUAGCAACUGAACACCAGUGGGUGCCUGUUAACUGGAUCUAUUGAGUGGAUUUCCCUGAUUUUAACUUAAAAAAUUACUAUUAGAGCCACUAUUACACCCAAAUUCUUUAAUUUUAGUCAGUGAAUUCAACGUUUUUGUGUUCAUGAGAGAGCUUUGUAUUCUUCGUACAUUCAAUUAUUCAUUUGCCAGUUGUUAUUCCUAUUUUAAUGUACCAAAUGAUGAAUAGCGAAAUCCGGGAAAGGGAAUGAUGCUUCAAUCAGCAAAUUUUAGACACCAAAUGAAUUGCAAAUUCACUGUAAUUUCUAUUGAAUAAUGAGGAACGAGGAGCGAGUGAGUUUUGAAAGCCGUCCAUUUACUUUUAAGAAAUAAAAUUAUGUUUUUUGUAUUCUAAUUAUUUUAUAUAACACGCGAAAAGGAAUGAAAUACCUCUUUGCGUAGUUUUUAGUUGAAAAUGUAUUUCCAUAAUUAUUUGAAUGUAUUUUUGUUUAUUUAUCCCGGCACUCGCAGUGCCUUGAAACAAUUGUAAAACAACCCCAAGAAUUCCCAAAAAUGAUCAAAAUGGGCAAAUGCCGCAAAGAUCGAAAAUUACAAUCAAUAUUUUAUAUAUUGUAGAAAUAAAAUACAUUGUUGUAGAAAUUGAAAAAAAAAACUCU